AUGUCGAGCAAGAUGUUCCAAAGGUUGCCCAAGUCUUCUUUGUCCAAGCAAAUAUCAAGGCUUAAUAUAAUUGCGGGUACGCCGAACACUGCCUUCAAGUUCGGAAGCGACGUCAAGAAGAUCGAACUCGUUCUUCUAGAGAAGAAUGUCAUGGGACCAGCCAUUGGAUUAAAAAAAUUUUGGCGAGUUCAUUUGCCAACAUUGAAGUUUCACAAUGAUGACGUGGAAUUUUUUUGUACAAGAGUCCUGGCUAACAGCAAAGAGGAAAUAAGAAAGGUUCCUGCAAAGGUCAUCAUUCACGACUCGUCAAAUAACACAUCUGAAUUUGAUUGUGCAUCACUCGAUAAAGACAGAAUCCUCAAGAAGUUGGUGAGGAUUACAGGAGCUACACCGAUCCCUCAGUCAGAGAUCCCACACAUUCAACAUCCUAAUGUAGCAUGA